UAAAACAAAACCAAAACCCUUUCUUUUCACUUCGUUGAUCUCUUCUUUCAUUUCCUUCAAAACCCUAAAACCCUUUCUCUCUCUUCUCUCUCUCUCUCUCUAAAAUGGGAAGCAAUCAAGCAGCAAACAUCCUCUCAAACCUAGCACGCGUCGCCUUCGGUCUCGGCGCCGCCGCAACCGCCGUCAACUCCUCUCUCUACACCGUCGACGGUGGCCAACGCGCCGUCCUCUUUGACAGAUUCCGCGGCAUCCUUUCCGAAUCAGUCGGUGAAGGAACUCAUUUCCUCAUCCCAUGGGUUCAAAAGCCUUACGUCUUCGAUAUCCGCACUCGACCUCACACAUUCUCAUCCAUCUCCGGUACCAAAGAUCUUCAGAUGGUGAAUCUCACUCUUCGUGUUCUCUCUCGUCCUGAUACUGAACGUCUUCCUACUAUUGUUCAGAAUCUCGGUCUUGAAUAUGACGAGAAGGUUCUUCCUUCCAUCGGUAAUGAGGUUUUGAAAGCUGUUGUUGCUCAGUUUAAUGCGGAUCAGCUUCUUACGGAUAGGCCUCAGGUUUCGGCUCUUGUUAGGGAUAGUCUUGUGAGAAGGGCCAAGGAUUUCAAUAUUCUUCUUGAUGACGUUGCUAUUACUCAUUUGUCUUAUGGUGGUGAAUUCUCUAGGGCUGUUGAGCAGAAGCAGGUGGCACAGCAGGAGGCAGAGAGGUCUAAGUUUGUUGUUAUGAAGGCAGAACAGGAGCGUCGUGCUGCAAUCAUCCGCGCUGAGGGAGAAAGUGAUGCUGCAAAGCUGAUUUCUGAUGCUACUGCUGUUGCUGGUAUGGGGCUGAUUGAGCUUAGGAGGAUUGAGGCUUCCAGGGAAAUUGCCGCUACUUUGGCCAAGUCUCCUAAUGUCUCUUACCUUCCUGGUGGAAAGAACUUGCUUAUGGCUCUUAAUCCUUCACGUUGAUGAGGAAUCAAUGAUAUAGUGUCAUGACAUGCUUGGAUGGGAUCACUAUCUUGAGGCUCUUGUUUGCUAGACAUACCUUUAUUUUUUCUUACUUUGUAGAUCCUAUCUCAUUCAUGCAGUUUCAUAUUAAUUCUAAAAACAAAAGUUAGAAAUGAAUUUGGAUCUUAAGGUUUGAUAAUUGCAGAAUAACUAAAUGCAAAUUAUUGCGAAUGGUGAGCGACAAAAUUGAAUGCUCUCUUUGGCUUUUUCAGCAUGACAUGUCCUUUAUGAAAAAUUUAGCCAUGAUUUUUCGUUA